GGUGAAAGUAUAGCCCAGUACAUUGCUCAAUUAAAAAACUUAUCUAAAUACUGUGAGUUCGGUGCUAGUCUAAAUGACUAUUUGAGAGAUCGUCUUAUUUGUGGAAUCCGUUCAGAAUCUACUAAACAAAGACUUUUGUCAGAAGCUAAUUUGACCUUCGACAAGGCUGUUCAACUGACAUCGCAGAUUGAGAUGGCAGAGAAAAGCGCGGCAACGUUGGCGUCAGGCAGCCAUGACACGCCAGCCGUCUCCGUUCGCAGCGUCCAUCGGCUAGCAACGUCAUCGGCUAGGCGUCACUACAACGGACGUGAGUCAGCGCCGAGCGGGAGAGACAACGCUUCGCGCCACCACACCAACGCUUCGCGUCACCACGCCACGCCGAGUACCACACACGCACAUCAGUCCAGCAGCACUAGUGUAGUGAAGUGUAACUGUUGUGGCGCCGUAGGUCACUUCAGUAAGCAGUGUAAAUAUUACGGUUGUGUUUGCCAUAAAUGCGGCAAAACAAAUCAUUUAAAGAAGGUAUGCCGAUCUCAGGCUAGGGGUAAGUCAGGCAACAAUUACUCUCAUUACAGCAAUAAGGGUAAUUUCAAUAAGGGUAAACAUCAUUUUGUCGAAAGUGUACUAGACAAUAAUGACGAUGAAACAGAUGUAGUAGAGUGUAUUGGUAAUUUGUUUGAAUUAGCCAAAGUCUCUAGUAGGGUUGAUCCCUUAAAAACUAAAGUAACUGUUGAAAAUAAAGUAGUAUCUUUUGAAAUUGAUACAGGUGCUUCUGUAAGCGUAAUCAGUGAAUCCUUUUAUCACGAGAAUCUAAAGUUCCUUAACUUGUUACCUACUGAUGUAAAGCUUAGUUCUUACACUAAUGUACCCAUACUUCCAAUAGGUAGGUUAGAAGUAAAUGUUAAGUAUGAAAAGUAUCCAGAAGUGUUCUCUAAAGAGUUAGGUCAGUGUAAUCGUGAUCCUAUCAGACUGGUGCUGAAGGAAAAUAAUAAACCCAAAUAUACUAGUCCUAGACCAUUGCCUUUCACAUUAAAAGCUAAGGUAGAGCAAGAGUUAGAGCGCCUAGUAAACGCUGAUGUUUUGAUGCCUCGUCAUGUUGACCAGCUGAUAGCAGUCGACACUGCUCCAGUGACAGAUCAAACAGCUGAGGUAAUAACAGCCGAGAGCGAGCAGACAGCGCGCUCUGACUGUGCAGACGACAAUCCAGUAGGCAGUAACCGCACAGCUGAUGCGCCGCGGCAUUCUAUUUCUGUCCGCCCCAGUACAGCUAUGUCACCCAACGCUUCUCAUACUCACACUACCUACACCAGUCCUAUUACUCAGCGUUCACCACUUGCUCGUUCCACUCCUGUUCGCAGGUAUCCUCAACGAGAGCGAAAGCCAAUUACAAGGCUAGAUUUGUAA